ACCAUUUGAAACGCUUGAAAUAACGGGCGAGCACAAAUAAGUGAACCAGUUUAUCUCAGCUGCUGAAACCUUCUUGAUUAUGGGAUGAAUUUUGUUUAAAUAAAUCGUUUCGUGAAAAAUUAUUCCGUCCUGAAGUUAAACUGCAAAUUUCGAUGGCUAGUGCAUUUAGCGUGUUAUACCGCUCACUUGCACUGUGUUUUUUCAUUUACAUAGUAUUUUAUACUUAUCAAGUGUUUCAUGGCAAUGGUCCGUUUCAUUUGAAGGACCUGGCAUUUUUAUUGCGUUUUCUCACAAUCCUGACAAUAUCACUUCAAAUUGUUUACUAUGCUUUGGCGACUCCUUUACAGUAUUUCAAAAACUUUAAAAUGCACAGCUCAUUAUACGCUCUUGCAUUUACGGCCAAUUUAAUUGUGUGUAUUAUGUUCUGGGGCAUUUUCAUCGCAGAUAAGAAUUUAUUGAUGAAGGAAUCUGAAAUGAAAUUUGUUCCAUGGUGGUAUAAUCAUGCUUGUCACACUGUUGGAACUCCUGCCAUCAUAAUUGACGCUUUACUAUGGAGACCAACAAUCGUUCCUAUGUCGAACUCAGUCUUGCUUCUUCUAGCAUACUUCGGUGGAUAUGUAAUCUAUGUGGAAUACCUUAUACGCAUCCAUCGUUUCUACCCUUAUCCCAUACUUGCGGUUUUCUCGGAUAUUGGACGAUUUGGAUUUUAUUCAGUGAUGAUCAUCGCUACUGUCCUUUGUUUCGGAGUCGGUGUACUGAUGGUUCGCUCUCUAAAUAAGACUCAAAAUAAAAGGUUCGCUUCAAAAACACAACAACGAACAGAGCGAAAAGAGUCUAUUCCUGUUCAGAGUAGACACAAGAAAUCUAAGAAGAUGGAUUGAAAUGUGAAAUGGCAGAACAAUAUUCCGGCUUUCUCAGUGUCUCCUUAUUUUUCUCCUCAUCAUCAUAACUGCAACUAUCGCUACAAUUAAAUUGCUCAGGAAACAAAUGAAUUUUUUCUCUCCACAGUACUAUCCUGUAUCGUCGUCCUCCCUCUCUUCUUUAUUUGUAAAUUAUGUCGUCAGUGUAUUUUUUGAUCGUCACUUUUUCCCUUCAUUUUGAUGGCAAUCUGGUAUUAAUCCACAUUGUUAUUCGAAACUAAUUUUCUAACGUUCCCUUAGUCAAUUGAAAUAUGUUGUCUCUAUUUAUCCCUUAUUUUAAGAAAUAGUUUUAUAUAUAUAUAUAUAUAUAUAUAUAUAUUUGUGCGACAUUUAAAUUUUUUAAUAAUGAUGCUCAUUUACCACAUACUUAUGUAAGUACUGUUUCACACGUGUCCUGUCUAUCGUUGUUGGUUUACUGUGGGGAGAGGGUUAUACCAAGAAGUUCAUUCCUUGUGACGUGGUGGUAGUAGCUUACUGUGUUAUGGACUGGAGUGAACUAUGUAAAAGCAAACAAAGACACUCAAAGUCUGUCUAAUCGAGGAGGAAAUAUCAACGAAAACGUACAUAACCAUGAAUAUAGAAUUGGAGAUCGUAAAGAAUCAACAUGUAAUGUGAAAUGCCAGCUUGCUC